UCGCAAAGCCCCUCUUUUGGAGCAACUUUGCACCGUGCACAUCCCUCAGUGUCUCUCACUCUCUGGGUCCGGGCCCUGGGAGUUGCAGGCUGCAAGUACGUCCUCCUCCUCCGUUACAGUGCGGUUCGCUCCUGCUGUCUCGCUGCUCACAGAGCACCGACUCUCCUCUGCAGCCAUGGUACCUGUUUAUCAACUGUUUGUUGUCAUACUCUCAUCAGCUCUCCUGCAAACGUCGGCCCUCCUCAACGACGCGAUCUUUGCAGUGACUGUGAGCUCUCGUGUGACAGGAGGGAAGCAGGAGAUGCUGUGUGCCCAGAUUCAUGGCCUCGCAGAGCCCGUCCGCAUGGUCAUCGGCCUCACCCAGGACUCAACCAUUAUCUUAGAUGAGGAUGUAAAGGAGGACUUCUACCGCUGCUUAAACUUCCAGGUCCCAAUAGUACGCAGAAGAACUGUGGCAGAAUUUUAUGUCAAUUUUAUUAAUGGAAAAGCCAUAAUGAGCAAGCAUGUCAAAGUCCUCAUUGAGCCUCCAGCUUUCAUCCACAUCAUCCGCACUGAUAAACCCAUCUACAAACCUGGACAGACCGUCAAGUUCCGGAUUGUCUCCAUGGAUGCCAAUUUCAUCCCUGUAGAACGAGUGUAUAAAGAAGUGGCACUCCAGGAUCCCAAUUCAAAUCGCAUUGCCCAGUGGCUGGAUAAAUCCGUUGUUGGCGGCAUCCUUGAUCUUUCACACCCCAUGAUUCCUGAGGCCGUUCAAGGAAGUUACUCGAUCACUGCCUUGACAGACAAGGGAGAAAAAAUCUCUCACAAGUUUGAUAUCAAAGAAUACGUUUUGCCAAAGUAUGAAGUGAAGGUUCAUCUGCCCAGUGUGAUAACCAUCUUGGAUCAGGAGGCAACGCUGAAGAUUUGUGGAAAGUACACCUAUGGGAAACCUGUUAUUGGUUCAGUAAAGGCAGAAUUCUGCAGAAUCGCUGUCCGGUUUUUCUGGUAUUACUUUUCCCAUGAAAAAGAUCUCUGCAAGACAUAUGAAAUGACUACGGAUAAAAGUGGAUGUGCUACACAAAUGGUGAACGUGACGGCAUUUUCUGUCUACAACAACUUGUACAGUGACAGUUUUGAGGUGACUGCUGAGAUGGAAGAGUAUGGCACAGGCGUCAUGCUUAAAGGCUAUGGGGGGACCACCUUCACCAGUUACAUCAGAACUCUCAACUUUGAGGAUGUACCUGAGGCGUACAAGCCUGGCAUCCCGUUUGAGGGAAAGGUCAAAGUGGUUGGGCCAGACAGCAAGCCUGUUGCCAAUGAGCCAGUGUACUUGUUUGUUGGUGGCUCACUAAAACUAACACUCAGCACAGACAUGAAAGGUGUGGCUUUGUUUUCUCUGGACACCUCUCUCUGGAAGGACACUGUGCAUCUGACGGCGAGUUCAAAAAAUACAACGGAGCAUGAACCACAUGUUCACGGUUUGAGGAGACCAGACUACAGGUUGGCCAGCCAACAUGUCACGCCGUUUUACUCCAAGAGUAGUAGUUUUCUGAAGCUCAUGCAGGUCAGCGGGAUGCUGUCCUGUGACAAAGAUGCUGCUGUGGGUGCUCAGUACAUCAUACAGGGAGAGGAGCUGAAUAAGGGACAGGAGGUCCUCGACUUCUUUUAUCUGGUCCUGUCCAGAGGUGCAAUUGUGCAACAUGGUCGUAUCCCAGUGGCUGUUAAAGCAGGAAUUGUCAACAAAGGAGAGUUGUCUGUUCCACUCAGUCAGGUGACAGACCUGGCACCGUUUGCCCAGGUGGUAGUUUACACUUUGAUGCCCAGUGGCGAGGCUGUCGCUGACAGCCACAACUUCCCUAUUCAGCUCUGCCUCAAUAACAAGGUGUCUCUGAAGUUCUCCUCUCUCCAAGAGCUUCCAGCAGAGAGGACCACCCUGACUCUCCAGGCUCACCCAGGCUCCGUGUGCUCUGUCAGAGCUAUUGACCAGAGUGUCCUCCUGCUGCAGACUGAGCAGGAACUCACUGUCAACUAUGUGUAUAGGCAGCUACCUGUGCAGAAGCUGUCAGGGUACUCCUAUGAUGCUGAGGACUCUGAGCCAUAUCCCUGCUACUCCCUGCCAGUGCCAGAAGUGGAAACAGAGCCAGAGAUAGAAAUAGAUCUAGAGCAUGAAACCACAGCAUCACCAACAUCAGUAACCACACAGAGCACUGUGAUCAACGCUCAGGCAGCACGGCGAGAAACACGCUCACUCUACUAUGGACCAGUUAACCAGAAGAAUGAUGUCUACAGCAUCUUUAAAGAAAUUGGAAUCAAAAUUAUGACGAACUCUGAUGUGAAAAAACCUUAUGACUGCCGCGCCAUGAGCUAUGAAUUAGCCUAUGUGGUCCUAGAUAUGGAUUCUCCUGUUCCCAUGGCUUUCAAUAUGAUGCCACAGCGUUCAGGUAGUUCGGCAAGAGGUAAAGAGGAGGAGAAAAAGGAGACCAUCAGAACGUUCUUCCCUGAGACCUGGAUCUGGGACCUAGUUACUGUGGGAGAUAGUGGGUUGGUGAAGAUGGAGCAGACAACCCCUGACACCAUCACAAAGUGGGCAGCAGGAGCAUUCUGUGUCUCGUCUGUGGGCUUUGGCGUGGCACCCAAUACUGGACUUACUGUCUUCCAGCCGUUCUUUGUCAGUCUCACCUUGCCAUACUCCGUCAUCCGAGGGGAGGUGUUCACCCUCAAAGCCACCGUCUUCAAUUAUCUCUCCAAAUGCAUUGUGGUGGAGGUAACGCUGGCUACCUCAGACCACUACACCUUCAGAAACUGUGAUGGCUGCAUUUACAGGGUGUGUCUUUGUGGAGAGGAGAGCAGGACUUUCUCGUGGAUUGUAACUCCAACUACCCUAGGUAAGGUGAAUCUGAAGGUCAGCGCUGAGGCCCUGAAGACUGAAACACUGUGUGGCAACGAGGUGGCCACAGUCCCCAACGUGGGCCAAAUUGACACUGUGAUCCGCACCCUGCUGGUGGAGGCUGAAGGAACUCCCCAAAUGGUCAGUCACAACGUUCGCCUCUGUCCCCGAGAUGGGCCAAUGGAGAAGAAAAUCUCUCUUCUUAUGCCUGAGCUGUUUGUGGCCGGCUCUGCCAGAGCAUCUGUUUCUUUACUUGGUGACCUGAUGGGCAGGGCCAUGCAGAACCUGGACAAGCUCCUGGCCAUGCCAUAUGGUUGCGGAGAGCAAAACAUGGUGCUGUUUGCUCCCAACAUCUUCAUCCUGAACUACCUGAAGAGCACUGGUCAGCUGACUCAAAGCAUUCUGGACAAGGCAACACAUUUCUUGGAGAGUGGAUAUCAGAGGGAGCUCACAUACAAGCAUGACGAUGGUUCCUACAGCGCAUUUGGAAAGCAAGACACAUCUGGAAACACCUGGCUAACCUCUUUUGUGAUGAAGUCUUUCGGUGGGGCACGAUCGUACAUUUAUGUGCAGCCCAAGCACAUUGAAGAAGCCAGGAUGUGGCUGUCUACAUACCGACGGCCUCAUGGCUGCAUCAGAUCUGUUGGAAAGCUCUUUCAAAAUGGCAUGAAGGGAGGAGUGAGUGACGAUGUGUCCCUGACUGCCUACAUCAUCGCUGCUAUGCUGGAGCUUGACACCAAUGCUACAGACCCCGUGGUGCAGCACGGCCUGAACUGCCUGCAGGCUGCAGUGGCUGGCCAGCUUGAUAAUUUGUACACCACUGCCCUGAUGUCCUACACUUUCACACUGGCUGGAGAUGAGGAGAUGAGGAGAAAACUCAUCACCCUUCUUCACCAGAAAUCCCACAUGCAGGGAGACACCCGUCACUGGAAGAGAGCAGGUGCUUCUGGGAAAGGUCUGGACUCUCUGGAGGUGGAGAUGACUUCCUAUGUGCUGCUGGCUCUGCUCUCCGGUCCGUCCAUACCCGGCUUCGGUUUAGAUUACUCUGCUGGCAUCGCCCACUGGCUCACUCAGCAACAGAACCCUUAUGGUGGUUUCGCUUCCACACAGGACACGGUAGUGGCCCUUCAAGCGUUGGCUAAGUAUGGUGCUGCCACAUACAGUUCAGAGGGCAGCACUACGGUGACAGUGACAUCUUUAGGAGGCCUGAACAAAGAGUUCACCGUAAAUCAGGACAACAGGCUGCUGUACCAGGAGGAGAAGCUGAGCGAGGUCCCAGGAGAGUACACAAUCAGAGCCCAGGGACAAAACUGUGUACUGACACAGAUCUCCAUGCAUUACAAUAUCCCCCCUCCUGCAGACUUCUCUGCCUUCAACAUCUCUGCUAUCACCAUGGCUAAGUGUAACAUCAGCAGGCCACAGCUCAUCCUUUUUGUGCAUGUCAGGUACCAGGGGAGGAGACAGGAGACCAACAUGGUCAUCAUCAACAUCAAGCUCCUGUCUGGAUACAUCCUGGAUAAGAGCUCCCUCACACUGCUGCAGAUUGAUCACUCAGUGAAGCGCGUGGAUGUGGAAGAAGGAUUCAUCAACAUCUACUUAGACGGGCUGAAGAAGGAUGAGAUGCAGAUUUACAGUGUGACACUAGAAGAGGAUCAGCCCGUCAGGAACCUGAAACCAGCUGUAGUUAAAGUCUACGAUUACUACCAGACAAGUGAUGAGGCGGUCACUGACUACACAUCUUCCUGUGCAGAGAGUGACAGCAUCAACGAGCUGUAGAAGUCCCUUCCUCCAUAGCUACAAUGGGACAGUUGGAAGAAUCAAAGAAACAUCUUUAAUUUUUUUUUUUCUUAGACCAUUUCUUCCAUCUUUGUAGGCUUGUAUUAAGAGUGAAUCCCACUUUGCAUAUUUUUAGAAUGAAGCUUUGAAGCUUUUUCUUUUUCAAUGUCAGGGCUGCUUUUGUCCUUACAGUGGUUGUGUAACAAGCCCAUAAUCAAUCAGCAUUAGAAUCGAUAUAGUAGUUAUUGGUAUCUCCCAACACUGGAACCUGCAGCUUAGAGCCCGUUGAAAUCAAGGAAAGCAGCCGAUCUGUGAUAGUCGUUUAAUAGAUCUGACACAAAUCCAUACAUGAAGAUGACACGAUACAUACAGGGUACCAGUAACACAGUGUGGUCUGAGUAAUAAGUGUGUGUAUGUGUGACAGGAACUACUUUCUAGGAAAAAUAAGCAAAAAAAUAGUCUGAGUGAGGUGAUUUAUUUUUGAUUGUGUGCAGUUAUGUGUUUUCUGUUGUACCGG